UGUAAACAAUGGUCGAAAUCCGAAGGAUGGUCACCUGAAAAUCAAACAUGAGAUUUUUUCGUCGAAAAAUAGCGAUAUUAGUUUUUCUAGCUUAUGCAAUAUUUUCACUGUAUGCCGCAUACAAUGUGUUUUUCAACAAGAGGGUUAUUAAUCGUGUUCAUCGUGUUGUGAAAAAGGGCUCUGCGAUUGUAGAUAGUGGAAAAGCAGGAGAGGAAGAGUGGAACCCAUGGGAAGAAGACGAGCUUGCCUACAUCUCAGUUCUGCAGAAACGGAGAGAUGCUUUCAGAUCAUAUCAAGAUCAGAUUGUAAAGAACAGGCUAAAACAAUAUAAAGUUCAGAUCUUGGGCAAAGCGGCCAUUGGACUGUAUUUGUGGGAACAUAUUUUAGAGGGGCCUCUCAACCCACCUGACAAAUCCAGCCAAUGGAGAGAAGGGGAAAUUCAUUCAGGGAAGAUCAGUUUCAGUUUUUACACAGGGCCAGCAGUAGUCCAAGGUCACAUUUCUCUGGACACAGACAGUGUGGUGUUGGUGUUGAAUGGCCGUGAGCAACAAAAAAUCUCUUACUCCAUCCAGUGGCUGCAGUAUUUCCAGGGUCUGGUGCAGGCCCACACUGUCUCUCGGUUGGCUGUGGUGCUUUUGGGCAAUGAGCAGUGCAAUAAUGAUUGGAUCAGGCCUUAUCUUAAGAGGCACGGAGGGUUUGUGGACCUGCUCUUUCUUGUGUAUGACAGUCCUUGGGUCAAUAACAAAGACAUCUUCCAGUGGCCUCUUGGUGUUGCCACAUACAGGCAUUUCCCAGUAGUCACACAUAGCAUACAGAUGGUGAACUCUGUUAGGCCAUACCUCUGCAACUUCCUCGGAACUGUCUACAAUAACUCCUCUAGGGAAACUCUGAUGGGCAUCCUAAAGCAGAACAUCAUGGAUAAAGAGUGUUUCAUGCAUGUUAGAGAGAAGUGGCUUCCUCAGGAGACGGCAGACACCUCCAGACAGUACCAGAUGGCACUUGCGCAAAGUGACCUCACCCUUUGUCCAGUGGGAGUGAACACGGAGUGCUAUCGUAUCUACGAGGCCUGUGCCUAUGGCUCUGUGCCUGUGGUGGAGGACGUCCUGACUCCUGGGGCCUGUGCAGCCAGCCAUCGGUCCCCGCUUCGACUACUUAAAGAUGCAGGAGCACCCUUCAUCUUCCUCAAGGACUGGAGGGAGCUGUCUACCAUCAUAGAGAGGGAGAGAGGCAUGAGCCAGAAAGCAAAAAUAGAGAGGAGGAUGAGAUUGCUGGAGUGGUACAGAGGGUUUCGUCAGCAGACGAAGGACAAAUUCACAGAGGUCUUAGAAGAUGCCUUUUUCAAAGUCAGCUAGGAUGAGAUUGGGGGAAAGUUCAUAUAGUCUCUCAUAUAGAAUGAAAAAAUUGGUAAAGCAAAUUCAUUAACAUCCAUUAUGGUUGACACUUAUUUUAAGAGACAUUUAAUCAUUUGGUUUGUACACAGUGAUUUUUGCUAAGGCUAGUGUCAGUGUGUAAUUGAAGGUGUUUACCAUAUGCUACUAUGCAUUAAUGCCCUCCAUGUCUACUGUCAACUAUUAUUUUAUUAUAAAUCUUGAUAUUUCCAUGAAAAUAACAAUGCAAAAAAAUCUGUAUACUUGCUUAUGGUACAGUGAGUGUGUUUGUGUGUGUUUUUUAUUAAAGGAAUAUUCAGUGUUCUAGUUGAGCUCAAUCGAUAGUUUUUGUGGCAUAAUUUGAUUACCUCAAAAAUGUAUUUCGACUGGUCCCUCUUAUUAUUAACGAAAAGAAGCAAAAGAAUCUGGGAUACAGUAAGGGACUUUUACACAUUACUCAGACUUCCUUAAAGUCUAUGAUUUUAAAUGCUUUCAAGUGCUUUUGACUCAAAUACACAGAGUUGUAUUUGGCUGUAUUUUGUUUUUGAUGUCAAGGAAGAUUGCUUGGAUGAGAGACAGGGAAAUGGAUGCACGUCUGACAGCUGUGUGCAGGGCUGCUAUGUGAUGAGCAUUGCUGCUAUGUCACCCAUGAUUAAAGGGAAGGAAAAUACUUAGUUUGACCAGUUUUCAAGUUAACAACUGGUAAUGGCAUGAUUCAGAGUAAAAUGAACCUCAGAUAGCUUACUGCAGCCGCUGUUUUCAUAGAUCACAUACACAUAUCUUUAUUUUUAAGGGUGAUGCCUGUUGCAUCAUUUUAGUGGAUGAGAUGAAAACUGUGUCUAGCAGUGCUCCAAAUUUCUAAAUAUAUAUAGUAGUUUGUUUGAA